UGAGUAUUAAAUAUUUCACACACAACUUUCCUUUUCAACACAAGUCAUAGUCACAUUUACAUCGCUCCAGGUCCAUUCCAGGCUCCAGUGGACCGCAAAGAUCAAUUUCGUCGUUUGAGGGCCUGCCUGGCAUGGUCGGAUUCUAUGAACUCCAACUUAUUCUCCUUGUCUCCUCGUGUCUCGUCUUCCUCUUCCUUGAGCGCCAUGUCUCACGACGGAAAGACGCCUGGAAAACGGGGGAACCGACAGUAUCACACAACUCCCUAGCCACACUAACAAGGCAGUAUCUCAUCGUCUAUGCAAUUGUAAUGGGUGCUGAUUGGCUCCAGGGACCAUAUGUGUACUCAUUGUACCGGGAACAGUAUGGUCUCCCGGAAAGGAUGGUUGCAAUCCUUUUUGUCACAGGUUUUAUGUCCGCGGGGCUCACUGCACCACUGGUGGGCGUCUGGGCGGAUCAACACGGACGCAGAAAACUAUGUCUUGCCUUCUGCCUAACGUAUACAUUCAGCUGCUGUUGCGUAUCCAUCCCGUACCUGCCCAUCCUUCUCCUUGGACGUGUAUGCGGAGGUAUAUCAACAUCAAUCCUCUACUCCGCGUUUGAGUCCUGGCUUGUGAGCUCUGCUGGAGCGCUAGCCCUCCCCUCAACGGAUCUUUCCACAAUAUUCGGACGCGCCACGCUCGUGAAUGGUUUUGUUGCAACAGGCGCCGGCGUUGCAAGUAAUCAGCUAGUCACUUUGACAAACUCAUUCACAUCUCCUUUCGUCGCCAGUGGAGUCUUGUUGUUGUUAGCGUACCUGGUGAUCCGUGCAAGCUGGGGGGAGAACUUUGGCGGCGGCGGAACAACACCCGGCAAGGAUCUAUUUCAGUUGAAAAGACUGGGGCAGGCAUGGCGCAUUGUCAGAGAUGAUCCUAUGCUACUCGCCAUUGGCCUAACCCAGACUUGUUUCGAGGGCUCUAUGUACCUCUUUGUCUUCCUCUGGGUACCAUCUCUCCAGGAAGCUUCGCCGACGUUUCCCACUAUUGCACUGCCGUUGGGCUACAUCUUCUCCUCAUUCAUGAUAUCCAUGAUGCUCGGAUCCCUCCUCUACACUGUUGUCACCACUCAAUCUGGUGGUCUGACGGUCCAUGCAAAGCUCAGUAGCUUGGUUUGUGCAUUUGCGGCCCUCGCACUGGCAACAAGCGUAAGAAGCGAGAGUGAGCGCAUCAGGUUCUGGGCAUUCUGUGCAUUCGAAGCGUGUGUGGGGAUGUAUUAUCCUGUGCAAGGGAUGUUGAGGGGAACUUUAAUAUCAAACGAGCACCGAGCAACACUAAGUUCCCUGUUCCGAGUCCCCCUGAACGUGUUUGUUGUCGUCUCCCUGAUGACCGGGGUGUCGAGUGCUAGAAGCGCCGUGUUGAGCGCAAGUUCGUUGAUGCUUGCGUUCUCUGCUCUUGUGACUGCGUUUGUGGUCGUCGUGAGGGCAGAUGACCAUGUGUCCCCCGAGGCCAGCUUGAGACCAGAGUGAGACGUAUGCGUCUGGUGUAUACAUAGACCCGUAGAUAGUCACUCGUUUAAAUUCCUACACAUCAACAUUCGUAAAAACCGUUCCUAAGCUUGGAAGGACUCUGGAUUAGUAGAUUAUACAGUAUAGUUAUCAACUGUUAUCUUAUACCAAGCCAAGUUGUGGCUAAAAGUCUUAUUUAUUCAAUCUCCGAUUCA